AUGUACAAGAUGCGACCGGGCUUGUCAUCCCCAGCUCGCUGGAACUCCAUCUAUCUUUCCAUCCCCUUAAUCACAACCCGUAUGGUCUCUGUACCGUACAGGAUUCCCCUGCCGGCAUCGCCGCCGCCAAGCCCACCCCGUUGCAUGGGUCAGAUGGCUGCUGGCACUACGAGUGAUGCCUUCUCCUCCUCCCCUUCGAGCAGCAUUGCGGCGGCUGUCGCGCUCAAGAAUGCCAUUGCCGGUCCAUCGCGCGCCCCAAAUACAGAUGGCGCAGACGGUGCGGACGGCGCGGACACCAAGAGCAAUAGCGAUUCGUCAUCCGCUCUAGCCGGUACCGCCUCCAUGCCCAAGCUCAACGACUUUCAGCUCAUUCGCGUGCUUGGGAAAGGAUGCGCAGGGCGAGUAUUGCUUGUGAAGCACACGUCGACUUCCCGUGUACACGCGAUGAAGGCCAUAUCCAAGCGCGCUGUUCUAGCCAACGAUGAGCUCGACCACACAUUGACGGAACAAGAGAUCUUGCGACACUUUUCGUGUCCAGAACGCAAGAACGCCUUCGUCUCGCGACUAUACUACUCGUUCUGCGACAAGGAGAACUUCUACCUCGUCAUGGAGUUCUACCCUGGUGGCGACCUCGCUACGCAGAUGGAGAUCCACGGCAUCCUCGGUCCGCUUCGCACGCGCUUCUACACGUGCGACAUUGUUGCUGGUCUCGAAGCAUUGCACCGCCAAGGUAUUCUUGUCCGCGAUCUCAAGCCAGAAAACAUCUUGCUCAACUGGCACGGACACGCUGUCCUCGCCGACUUCGGGUUGUCCAAGAGCUUCGGGUAUCGCGGAGAUCCCAUACCUGUCAAGCUUCCUCCAGACUACAUCGAGGGUAAGGGAACACCUCCGAUCUAUGCCGGCAAGGGCUUUGGCUCGUACCGCAAUGGCGAGUUGACGUGGGAUCGCGCGUUCUCAUUUGUCGGCACGCAGGAGUAUCUCGCACCAGAAGUCAUCAAACGUAACCACUACACAUACGCCAUCGACUGGUGGGCGUUAGGCUGCAUCGUCUGCGAAUGUUUGACUGGCCGCGUCCCUUUCCGUGGACACGAGGACGAGAGCAAUGCGCAGUUGUACGACCGCGUUGUUAACGCUCGCUGGGAUGCCAUAUAUAGAGGCGACACUCACCCGAUCACCUUCCUCAAGGACCGCUACAGAAUUGACUCGAUCACCUACGACUUUAUCGAUGGCCUUCUGCAGAAGGAGCCCAUGUUCCGUCUCACGGAACCGAGCGUCAAGAGUCAUCCCUACUUUACGAACGUUGACUGGGCAACGGUUGCCAAGGGCGACUACCAGGACCCAUUCCAGUUGGAGAUUGAUCCAGUCGCAGAGUACAACACCCAGUUCUUCCCACGCCUCUGCCUUGAGGAGACUCCUACUGUCGACAUGUCUGGCCACGACUACGGCAAGGACACCGAGCACGAGAAGAACGCCCUCAACAACGACGACAUCUACAUGACAUUGCAGACCCAGUUUGCACGCGAGCUCGAGUCAUUUGAGUGGUCGUGCCAAGGCAUGUACGACACGGACGAGCCCCUUGACGAGGGUUCCCAGACCGACGAGCAGCACACCGACGAGAUCGAAGCUGACCAGCCGGUGCAAGACGAGGUGCAGGAGGAGUCUGGCCAGCCAGCCCUCCACGAGCGCAUGAUCGUGUCCCCAUCUGCAGACGACGUCUCGGAGAUGCGCGACAUCUCGAUGCCUGACAUCUCGCACGACGGUAGUCGGCAGGAGGCGUCGCAGGAGCUCGAGCACCUGCAGACGCCCUCGGGCAGCCACACCAGCGACUUGCACCUCGAGCAAGAACCAAACGAGGAAGGCAAGGACGCCGACAUGGGUGCCACUCCACCACUGAACACUACGGCAGAUGUGGUCAACCCCAAGGCAACCGCUGCUCCAUCUGCACAGCCCUCUGAGCGCGACGAACCGCCCUCUCCUGUGCCUUCCAAGGCAGCGAUGGAGGCCAAAGCUCCGUCCAUCAGGAGCCAGGCCUCGUCUAUUGCAACCACUGCGCCCUCAAUCCCCUCGAUCCCCACGCAGUCUGCUACCAAUGCGACCAGACCAUCGUCCAUUGCGACAAAACGGUCGUCGGUUGCAACGCGCCCUGCCUCUGUCGUGUCCAAGCCUCCUUCGAUUAUUGCGGCCAUGUCUCCUUCGACCAACCGCAAAGCGCUGUCUGUUGGCACAAAGGCGCCGUCGGUUGACACCAAGCUUGCAUCGAGCCCCAUCUCGCCUAAAGCUCCUUCUAUUCGUCUUCCUGAUCCAUCGGACCCUCCUACCUCUCCUACACACUCCAUGGGCAACCAUAUUGUCCCCACUGUCGAGGUCGACGAUGUCGAGGAGAUUCGCGGCGACAUUUCGAUGCCUCGUGAGCCGUUGGCGGAUGGCCAGAUGCCGCGCCUGCCGUCUGGCCCCCCGCUCAGCGGUCUCUCUGUGUCGGACGUCAUCUCCAUCGCACCAAACCACCAGGGUAGCCCCAACCUCAUCAUCCGUCGUCACCGCCACCUCCCCAGCAUCGACUCGUAUCCUCACGCGCGUCUCUCGGUCGAUAUCAACGGUACCUUUGGCCAGCUUGGCGACGAAGACUGGGAGCAGUUGGACGCCGACGCCAUUCCCGAGCUGCCAAACGGCGCGAAUGAGUCCGGACGCGCGUCGCUGUUUUCGCGCGUGCUUAGCCGGCGGCCGCAGGCAACCCGGAGCCGUCGGACCUCAACGUUCCGCACGCCGUCUUCGCUGCGCAAGCCUACCAGCACCGAGGCGUCUGACACGUCGUCUGAUCGGAGCCCGUCCAAGACUCGUCCGCCACUCUUUGCCUCGCGGGGCAUUGAGAACACAAGAAGGGCGUUCACCAAGAUCAAGGCGUUCCCGGCUCCGGCUGGACGUCCUGGGGACUCGUUACGUCCGUCGGUGCCCAACUCGGUCACCGCAUCGCCAGUGAACUCCAUCCGUGGCAUGCCUCCGCCCCCAUCCACUCCUGCUGCCAGCACGUCGCGCGCGACAGCACGUGCCGUUUCCAUGCGCGACAACCAGACGCUCAGCCCUGACGAUGCUACAGCGACUAGGCGAACCUCGAUGAUCGCCGCACUCACUCCUGGAGGCAAGCGGCCGACAAACCGCUCGGGCGACAUCCAAUCCCUCUUUGGGCGGCAGAAGGCUCGUCGUCAGCGUCCAAGCGACCGCUCGGGUGCGGCGUCUCGCUCCUCGAUUGAGAGCGCGACAACAGUCGAGGAGAACACCUCCGGUACAGUCUCGCCUGUUCCUCCCGUAUCGUCUGCGCCGCGCAUCGAGCUCAACCCGACCCCGCCCAUUGCAUGGGGCAAGGUGCUCGGCAACCGCGAAUAG